UUGAUGAGUAGAACAAGCGCUUCUUCUUCUUCUUCUUCCAUCGAACCGUACACAUAACUCCAAAUCACUGCCAGCGCCAAAGGACCAUUUCAUCUCAUCGCAUUGCCAACUGCCCUUUUGUCUCCGUACUGACGACGACACAAGUCGGCAAUGUCGGACAACGACAACAACACCAACGCGCCGACACCGGCGACCACGACCACGGCUGCCACGCCAUCCACGGAGAAUGGCGGCACCCCUUCCAUGAACGGCGACACGACCAUCAAGCUGAACGGCUCCAAGGCUAUGGCCGGCCUGACCCUCGAACCGCUCGCAGAAUCCCUCAGCUUCGACGAGGAGGAUGAGGCGAAGCGACCCAAGGUGACCAUGGAGUCCUUGAAGACCCUCGAAGGCUGGAAGAACGCCGUCCUCACCGUCAUCUUUACUGUCCUGCCGAUCCUCACCUGGGCACCCAAAUACAAGGAAAACUGGAAGGAGAAGCUUGCUGGCGAUGCAAGGGCUGGCUUGACCGUUGGUAUUCUUCUGAUUCCACAGGGUCUGGCCUAUGCGCUCUUGGCAGAGCUGCCUGUGGAGUACGGCCUCUUCAGCGCCUUCAUCCCCCCACUGCUGUAUGGCUUCCUCGGCACGUCCAGCGAGCUGUCCACGGCCCCUGUCGCCGUCGUGUCGCUGCUGACCUCUGCAGGCGUGUCCGAGCUGUACGACCCGGUCACAGAGCGGCCGCAGUACAUCGGCGCCGCCAUCUCCCUCGCCCUCCUCCUCGGCUUUGUGCAGAUGGGCAUGGGCAUCCUGCGUCUCGGUUUCAUCAUCAACUUCCUGUCCCACUCGGUGCUGAGCGGGUUUACCUCCGCCUCCGCCCUCAUCAUUGCGCUGUCCCAGCUCAAGCACGUGCUCGGCAUCUCCAUCGAGCGCAGCUCGCACGUGCACGAGGUGCUGCAGUGGACGUUUGAGGAGAUCCACAACGCCAACUGGCGCACAGUCGUCAUCUCCCUCGCCAGCAUGGCCAUCAUCCUCUUCUGGAAGUACCCGCCACAGUCCGAGAAGUUCAACUGGUUCCGCAAGUACUUCAAGCCCCUCCCCAGCGCCAUGGUUGUUGUCAUUAUCUUCACCCUCAUCUCAGCCAACACAGGCCUCAAUGACAAGGGCGUGAAGAUUGUUGGUGAUGUGCCUGCUGGUCUGCCAACGCCGGAAGCGCCGGACACAAAGGACUUUGGAGACCUGCUGGUGUUGGUGCUCACCAUCGCGCUCGUGUCGUACAUGGAAUCAAUGGCCAUCGCCAAGAAGCUUGCUGAUGACCGAAACUACCAACUCGACUACAACCAGGAGCUUGUUGCUCUCGGCGCAUGCAACAUUGUUGGCUCGUUCUUCCAGACAUACCCAACCACAGGCGGCUUCUCUCGCUCCGCUGUCAACGCCAACGCAGGAUGCAAGACACAGCUCGCCACCAUCCUGGCUGGUAUUGUUGUGAUGAUUGCGCUGCUGGCUGCCACGGAGCUCUUCUUCUUCCUGCCAAAGGCCAUUCUCGGUUCCAUCAUCAUCAUCGCCGUCCUCCCACUCGUCAACUUCAAGGAGCCGUUUCAUCUGUGGAAGAUCAGCAAGAUUGAGUCUGUGCUGACGGUUGUGACCUUCCUCCUCACCGCUUUCAUUGGCGUCGAGCUCGGUGUCGGUAUCAGUAUUGCGCUUGCGCUGCUUGCGGUGGUGUGGCAGGCGUCGCGUCCACACUACACGCUCGAGGGCCGCCUUCCCGGCACCGACGUGUACCGCAACAUCAGGAGGUUUCCUGAUGCGAUUGAGCCCAAGGGCAUCAAGAUCUUCCGCUUUGACGCCGACAUCUUCUUUGUCAACGCCACCGUUUUUGAGCGCCAAGUCCAGAAGAGGUGCUAUGUGCGCGGCGUUGAGAAUGUCAUCAUUAACUUCACGCCCGUGAGCCACGUUGACUCCACCGCGUUCCACGCCAUGGAGAAAGUGCUCGAGGCUGCGGAGCGCAAGGGCAUCUCUGUGUACUUUGCGGGCGUCAAGGGCCCCGUCCGUGACAUCUUCGAGCGCAUCGGCUUUACCGAGCACGUUGGGGAGGAUCACUUUUUCAAGACGGUGAACGAGGCGGUGAUGCACCUGACGAACGAGCAGUUUACGCCCAUGACCAUGACAGACGUGUCCAUUGUCUAGCCUGACUAUGACUAUUGUUGUCUUGGAGCACUAUUGAGCACCGUGUGUGCGUGUGAGAGAGAGAGAGUGUGUGUGUGUGUGCUGUGUGCGUGCGUGUGUUGUGUGUGUUGUGUGUGUGUGUGUGUGUGUUGUGUGUGUUGCAGCGUGAUGUACAGAAUUGCCCUGGGUGGCUGGUGUGUUGGCUCUUGCUUGUGCCUUGUUUAACUGACGACCGUUCGCGUCUCUUUGAGCGCUCUGCGCUAUUGCAGUGCAGGAGGUGGAGAGAGAGAGAGAGAGAGAGAGAGAGAGAGAGAGAGAGAGAGAGAGA